AUGAAGUUACUCGUAGCGUUCGCUGGCCUUCUAGCCGUGGCUCUUGCCCGGGAACAAACCAAUGCCUUCAACUACCACGAGACCGUUGGUAUCCCAGAGGCCAACAGAAUUCGGCAAGCAGAAGCAGCUGUUGAUUUCGACGGCGCCAGGAUUGUUGGCGGUAGCCAAUCUUCCCUAGGAACUAACCCACACUUGGGAGGGCUUGUUAUAACCCUUACCACUGGCGGAACUUCAGUGUGCGGAUCGUCUCUUCUCUCCAACACAAGAGCUGUGACCGCUGCUCAUUGCUGGUUCGACGGAAGGGGCCAAGCUCGUCAAUUCGUUGUUGUCUUGGGCUCUCUCGCUCUUUUCUCUGGUGGUACUCGUAUCGCCACCAACAACGUUCGUAUGCAUGAAAACUGGAACUGGAACACCGCUAACAACGAUGUUGCCAUGAUCACUAUUAACUGGGUUGGAUUUAACAACAACAUUCAACCUAUCAACUUAGCUUCUGGAUCAAGUGACUACGUUGGUACUUGGGCUAUCGCUGCUGGCUACGGACGUACUUCUGACUCUCAAGGUGGCGUUCCCAGUAACACAAGUCAAAGACAUGUCAGCAUCAGAGUGAUCACCAACGCUGAGUGCAGGAAUACCUUCGGUUCCGCAAUCAUCAUUGCGUCCACCCUCUGUACCAGCGGUGAAGGUGGCCGCGGAACUUGCGGUGGUGACUCUGGCGGUCCUCUUUACAUUGGAUCUGGGACCGGCAGAACUUUGAUCGGUAUCACCUCCUUCGGCUCUCCCCGUGGUUGUCAAGUUGGUCUACCCGCUGGUUUCGCCAGGGUUACCUCCUUCAACAGCUGGAUCCGCGCCCGCAUGUAA